AAAAUGAACACAGCAGCUACGAUGUCACGCUCACGGCGGCGAAACAACGAAGCUGACGAGAACUGUUGUUUGGGACGGGGUGUGUAGUUCGCUGGUUACGCAUGAUACGAUGACUACAGCGACGCUUGCUUCUAUAGAUUCGUGAAAUCUGUCGCGUCGAGGUGUCGAAGAUAGUUUUCAGGCGUCUCAGAAACGUCCCGGGAGAAUGCUAUCGUGUCCAGUUCCUGUGUAGCGACCGUGUCGACUCGGCAAAGAAGGCAAGAUGUCUCUGGUAGCCUACGGUGACAGUGACCAGUCUGACGACGACAGCAGUGAUAGUGACCAGCCGCUCGACGCGACGACUAAAGCGACAACUGAAGCGAUUUCUGGAGCCGACGAACCCGAUUCGACAACCGCGGAUCCGUCGCGUCUGUUCGCCAGGCUUCCACCGCCCAAGCAGAGCACCUCAACCACUUCGACUCCGCUUGAUCUCUCGCUGCAAGAUAUUGUAAAGCAGCCCGCCAAUCCUACUAAGUCGAAGCGAGCGCAGAUCCUGAUUCCGUCGCUUAACGGUUUUGAUGACGAGGAAGAUGAAGACCACGAAAAAAAGAAAUUCAAGCCAGCACAGAGUGGAUCUGGCCUGAUGGGGCUGCUUCCGGCUCCGCGGCAUGGCUCAGCAACCUCCAAACAGCUGAUGCCACAAGUCCUGAAGAGGCCCAGUGUUCCGCGGGACAAGGGCCCUCCAAAACCACGGCCUCCCGGAACAUUGGUCCAGAAUGAUCCGUGGACCGACGGGGAUAAUGACGGUCCCGAUGAUUCCGCUCCGACCUCGAGCUUCUUUACGUUCGAGGAACCGCCGUUGCCUAAGGUCGACAUGGCAUCUGCCGAAAACCUUUCGGUUACGUCCACGGAGAAGUACCCGGCAACUGUGGACCUACCGGAACCCGAGCAGGAACCGGACUGCACAGUGCCGGACUACCCACAGCAGGAGGCGGUGGAGAGCCGGCGCGGGAAGAUAGUGUUCGCCGAACACAACGAGCCGGGCACCUCGGCGUUCGACGUCGAGUUGGAUGACGGAGCGGUGGUGCGUCUCCGCGGCAGGCGUGAUGAGGAGAUCCACAUCAUCGACGUGAGCGCGGACAGCCAGGUGGACAAGUCGCGGGUGCUCAUCAAGGGUCUGACCGAGGAGCAGAGCUACAGCCCGGCCAGCGACACGAGCGACUUCAACACCUCCCAGACGCACCGGAGGAAGCACCAGAUCACCUACCUGGCGCAACAGGCCAAGGCACGCGAGCAAGAGCUGAAGAACAUGUGGGCCCAGAACCGCAUGACCAAGCGGCAGACCCAAGCCAAGUACGGCUUCUAAGCCUGCCUUCGAGUCAACGAGUCAGAACGAGCGAGACUUUGGAACUCGUUUAUAUGGUAGCCAUGCUCGGAAAUACAAACCCUCAUGUAUGUACAAAAA